AACCAUGUUUAUUUACAUUCUCUCGCGCACUAGAAAAGUUUGUCGGGUUUCCAAGUGGCGAUGUCUUCGCUCUUCGGUUCCGUUCCGUGACCCGCCCCUGACGGAUGAUGUGGAAAACAGGCGUUUUAAGAACCGUUCUUCUCAUAUGGAACAGCAGAGACGCCCGCUGCGCAAUUCAAACUGCUUCUGGGAUGACAACGGACAAUGAUACCCAGAUUUCGGCCCCGGAUGAUGCACAAUACAGGCUGCUGCAGCAGUUGUUGGAAAUCCACCGGGUGCCGGAGACUGCCGUAGGGAGCUUCUACUUGGGAUCUACUUGGAAUCGCCAUCUUGGCAGUUGGAAUCGGUGCCUUGAAAGUAGCAAUCGGAAUACUGAUCCCAGCCCGGGAUACGAAGAUAACCGAUAGGAAAUUAGAGGAGCAAUGGGAGCAAUGGCUACACCAAGAGCUACACUCAUCCUGGCCAAGCUGAAUCCUGGGCUGAAAUAUAGAAAAAUAGUCACCGUGUUGCGAGAGAUGCUGACAAUUGACAAUUGAAAUCGUGGAAUAAAAAGUACAAUCUGCUAUUCA